AUGGCUCUGAAGGAUCAGAAGGCAGCAUUGCGAAAGAGAGUAGGAGAGGAGCUGAAGAAACUUGACUCGAAGGAAAUUGAAAGACAAUCGGCCAUCGUCACGGAGCACGUGCUGCAGAUGCCAGCUUAUCAAAGUGCAAAAUCAAUGGCUAUAUUCUUGUCGAUGCCUGGCAGGGAGGUGUCGACUCGUGAUAUUGUCCUGCAUGCCUUGGACAGCGGGAAGUCGGUCUUCGUACCAUAUCUUCAUGCAGGCGAAGCCCCGAAGUCAAAGGUAAUGGACAUGUUGCAAUUGCAGGAUAAGGAUGAUUUUCACUCGUUAAGCCCAGAUGCUUGGGGCAUUCCAUCGCUUUCCAGGGAUUCAGUUGAAAGAAGAAGAAAUGCUCUUGGUGGAAUCGGCAUCUUGAAUCGCUCUUCGCAGGACCAGCAAGAUCCUCCAACUCUGGAUCUAGUAUUCAUGCCAGCGGUGGCUUUCGAUCAAUCCCACCGUCGCCUCGGCCAUGGCAAAGGUUUCUAUGACCGCUACCUCUCCAAAUAUAAAGACACUCUCGCCAGGAGCCAAAGUAGACGGCCAAUGCCCCUCUUGAUGGGGAUCGCCCUUCGCCAACAAGUCCUGCUGCCGGGGGAGACGAUUCCUGCGGACGAGCAUGACUGGACAAUUGAUCAAAUAGUAGUUGCUGAUGUCGAAUGA